CAGGCUUGCUCCCAGGAGGCUGCAGUGAGGGCUGAAUUCAGACUGAGGAGACAGACCCACCUGACUGAGGGACAGCCACAGCAUGGGAACCCGAGCAUGCCAAGAAGGGCCUGGUGGAUGUUCCUCUCAGGGGGCUUCCCAGGGUCAGCAGGUGAGGGCUCCCAGAUACCAGACCAGGACACCAAGACCACAGUGGGCACAGAAGACACAUGUGAAAGCAAAGUCAGCAUGAAGCCUCAGGACUCGUGUCAGGACAUGCGACCGAAGCUGUUCCACAGCAUCAAGUUCUUUGUCCUGUGCCACAGCAUGCUGCAGCUGGCACAGCUCAUGAUAUCCGGCUACCUCAAGAGCUCCAUCUCCACGGUGGAGAAGCGAUUCGGGCUCUCCAGCCAGACCUCGGGACUGCUGGCUGCCUUCAACGAGGUGGGGAACACAGCCUUGAUUGUAUUCGUGAGCUAUUUCGGCAGCCGGGUACACAGGCCUCAUAUGAUUGGCUAUGGAGCUGUGCUGGUGGCCCUGGCAGGCCUGCUCAUGGCACUCCCACACUUUAUCUCAGAGCCAUACCGUUAUGACAACAGCAGACCUGAUACACCACAGGACUUCAAGGCUUCCCUGUGUCUGCCCACGACCGUGGUCCCAGCCUCUGCCCUCUCCAACCACAGCUGCUCCAGCCACACAGAGGUCAAGCAUCUGACCAUGGUGGGAAUCAUGUUCACAGCACAGACCCUGCUCGGCAUAGGCGGAGUGCCCAUCCAGCCCUUUGGCAUCUCUUACAUUGAUGACUUUGCCCACCAUAGCAACUCACCCCUCUACCUUGGGAUCCUGUUUGCAGUAACCAUGAUGGGGCCGGGCAUGGCCUAUGGGCUGGGCAGCCUCAUGCUACGCCUUUAUGUGGACAUUGACCGGAUGCCAGAAGGUGGUAUCAGCUUGACCUCAAAGGACCCCCGAUGGGUGGGUGCCUGGUGGCUGGGCUUCCUCAUCGCUGCUGGCCUGGUGGCACUGGCUGCUAUCCCCUACUUCUUCUUCCCCAGAGAACUGCCCAAGGAGAAGCAUGAACUUCACUUCAGGCGGAAGGUCUUGGCAGGUGCAGCCUCGCCUGUCAGCACAGAUGAAGAACCCUCCUCUGAGCAGGAGCCCUCAAAGAAGAAGGAUGGCCUGGCCCAGAUCUCCCCAGACUUGACCGUGGUUCAGUUCAUCAAAGUCUUCCCCAGGGUGCUGCUGCGGACACUGCGCCACCCCAUCUUCCUGCUGGUUGUCCUGUCCCAGGUGUGCAUGUCAUCUAUGGUGGCUGGCAUGGGCACCUUCCUGCCUAAGGUCCUGGAGCGCCAGUUUUCCAUCACAGCCUCUUUUGCCAACCUGCUCCUUGGCUGCCUCACGAUCCCCUUGGCCAUCAUGGGCAUUGUGGUAGGAGGUAUCCUUGUCAAGCGUCUCCACCUGAGCCCCAUGCACUGCAGUGUCCUUUGCCUUCUGGGGAUGCUGUUGUGCCUACUGCUCAGCCUGCCGCUCUUCUUCAUCGGCUGCUCCACCCAUCAGAUUGCAGGCAUCACCCUGCGCCCAGACACCCAGCCAGGUCCAGGCUUCUUUCCUGGCUGCGCAGAGCCCUGCUCUUGCCAAUCAGAUGAUUUUAACCCUGUGUGUGACACCAGCGCCCAUGUGGAGUACAUCACGCCCUGCCAUGCUGGAUGCACAGGCCGCAUAGUCCAGGAGACUCUGGGUAAAAGCCAGGUUUUCUACACCAACUGCAGCUGUGUGGCAGGGGAUGGCCUGGUGUCUGCCGGUUCCUGCGACUCAGCCUGCAGCCACCUGGUGCUGCCCUUCAUUCUCCUGGUCAGCCUGGGAUCAGCGGUGGCCAGUGUCACCCAUACACCCUCCUUCAUGCUCAUUCUGAGGGGAGUGAAAAAAGAAGACAAGACCCUGGCCGUGGGAAUGCAGUUCAUGCUUCUGAGAGUGCUGGCCUGGAUGCCCAGCCCUGUGAUCCACGGCAGUGCCAUAGACACGACCUGUGUGCACUGGGCCCUGAACUGUGGGCGGCGAGCCGUCUGCCGCUACUAUGAUCACGACCUGCUCCGAAACCGAUUCAUCGGCUUACAGUUCUUCUUCAAAACUGGCUCCUUGAUGUGCUUCACCUUAGUUUUGGCCAUUUUGAGGCAGCAAAACAAAGAGGCGGAGACCAAGGCCACUGUGUCCAGCUCUGGCCUGCAGCAGCAGCUCUUGACAUCGGGGCCAGAGAAGAAGCCCAAGGAUUCCAGGGUGUGAGCUGUUCCAGCCCCACCCUAGCCAACAGUGGCAGCCACAGCUGUGUGUUAUGUCCUCUAAGCCCUUUGCUCAAGAUGGGGGCAUCAGAAAUACUGUCUUCCAAUUCCGGAUCCUCCACUAAAUUGUGGUGUGGCUUUGAACAAGCUGCUGGCCCUCUCUGGGCCUUUGCUUGCUUGUUGGAACCAAGGAAUUGUUGGAGGGUUGAUGUGUUGGCCACUUCUCAAGCAAGAGGGUCUUUCUCAUUCCUCCCCCAGCUAGACAACAGACCUGGAGCCACACUUGCUGGGGGAAGGAAUUGCACUACAGACCCUCUUCCCUCUGUCUCUGAGGAAACAGGCCAGACUAGAACAGUGCCUCAGCCCAGCUCUGCCACACACCUGGAGACCCUACCCGCGCCUCCAGUGGGAGUGGAUUCCAUUUCUCAGGCUCCAGCUGUGCACAUCUGUGCAGUCAGGACAGACUCAGAGUUCCUACCCAACCCCUUACUGCCUUCAAGAAGUGUCUAUUUGGCGCCCCCUGCAGGCAGAUCCCAGAGAUGACUCUAAGGGGAGCCCCGUGGGCAAGAAGGAGCUGGCCUACUCAGGACAUCAAGCUUCACAGGGCCUUGAUGGAGGUAUUAGAGGAGCCUUAGCGGGGGCAGGAGGCUCUCUGACUCGGAAAGUCCCAGCCUUUGUCCUCAAAGAGCCACAAUUUGGGAGCGAAGCUGUCCCUUGUCUUAGAGGCCCUAUAACUUCAGACACCAAACAUAUACUUGGACUUGCUCCCUGCUAUCUGUGUGCUGUCAGUAUCUCACACAUUUGACCAGGGGCCACCAAAGUCACUGUGGCUUGGGUAAAUAAAAUGCUAGUUUACCCCUGAAGCCUUACCUGUCCACAUCCCUGGGGAUUUGUAGCUAAUAUAUGAUUCCAUAACAGUUAAAUUGGGAGUGACCUCAAGUUCUUUGAGAUGCCUGGGUCAGUAUAAGGCCUGGGCCUGGCACAGGGAAGAUCAAUUCCCAGCUCUGCACAGUGAGCUGUGGCACAGCAUUCUUGGGUCAGAACCACUGGAACCUUGGAUCAUUCUCUGAGUCAGGUCUUGUCCUGCUUCCUGGCCAGUCUAAUCUGGCCUGAUUGUUUCCAGGCAGCAAGACAUUGAGUUGAUCUGUUCCCAGCCCAGUCUGUCACCACCAUACACCCCACCUGGAUAAGGCCUGUGCCAAAGAGGGAGGUUAGAGGUACCUGCUGGCAGCAGCCUCCCUGCCUUGUGUGCCCAGCUCUUAGCUGGGGGGCAAGGCAUUUGUCCUCUGUGUAGAAGGAGGUGAAGAAACUCUCAUCCUUGCCAUGCACAGUGGUACCCAUCUAUAAUCCCAGCACUUGGGAGGUGGAAGCAGUAAGAUCAAGUUCAGGGCCAAGCUUAGCUACAUAGUGAGUUUGAGUCUAGUCUGGGCUACAGGAGACUGACUCAAAAAAUCCAAAGAGAAAAAGAAGAAGGAGAAAAAGGAGGAGGAGGAAGAUCACCUCAUUCUUACUCUAUUCUCUAGUUGACUGUGUCUAACCGAUACCUUAGCCUAUACUAAUCAGUGUCAAGAAUGUCAAAGUCAUCAUGCAUCAAGACAAGCCUGUUAGCGUGUUUUCAUUCCUUCUUUCCUGUUCCCCAGGUUGUGCAGAAACAAUCUGGAAAUAUACAUACAGCUUAUUAUUAAAUUUAUCUUUGCAUAAUGUC